AUGGAGCUGAGGUCCAUAUCCAUGGAAGCGCAUCUGCUGCUGUACAUCUCGGUCGAUCAUGGAGCUGACCAGCUCUCCCGCUUCGGCUCGGCUCGGGCCGGCGGUGCUCCGGUUUCUCGCCGUCGUAGCCCUGCUGACCAUCGCAGUUGUCGUGGCAACGUCGAGACAGCUCCUGCCCAUCAUCAGCUGGUAUGCAUCGGCACAGCGGCGAGCUGCUACAGGUGGUGGUGCGAGGUGCGUCAUGUUCAACUUCGGGACUCCAACUCCGACACCGGAGGCCUCGCCGCCGGCGCGGGGUUCCGGCUGCACAGGCCCUUCGGCCGCCGCUUCUUCGGCAGGCCCAGCGGCCGGUUCUCCGACGGCCGCCUCUACAUCGACUUCCUCUGCGAGAGUCUGGGGCUGGAUCACCUGAGCCCGUACCUGGAGUCGUCGGGCGUGUCCUUCAGUCACGGGGCCAACUUCGCCGCCGCCGGCGCGGCCACGGCGCAGACCGUGGACUCCGGGCAGUUCAGCCUGCCGACGCAGCUCCGCCAGUUCAGGCACUUCAAGGCCCGCACGGCCAAGCUCCUCCCGCUAGGUCUCGGGUCCGGCAUCACGGAGGAUGAAUUCCAACAUGCUCUCUACUCGUUCGACGUCGGCCAGAAUGACAUCUCUCUCGCCUUCACCGCCAACCUCACGCAAGAACGCAUCCUGCAGGCCGUCGUCCCGGCCAUCGCCGCGAGGAUCAAGAACGCCGUCAAGAAGGUGUACGAGGCCGGCGGGCGCAAGUUCGUGCUCUACGACACGGGGCCGUUCGGGUGCCUUCCCAGCACGCUGUCGCAGCUCGGGACACGUCGUGGAAGCGGCGGCGGCGACGGCGAGGAGGAGGAGGAGGUCGACGACGUGGGGUGCCUCGCCCGCCACAACGCCGCCGCCGAGGCCCUCAACGCGCGCCUGCGCUUUCUCCGGCGCGACCUUGCCGCGGAGCUUCCCGGCGCGACGGUCGUCGGCGUGGACAUGUACGCCAUCAAGUACGGCCUCGUCGCCAACCACACGGCGCACGGGUUCAGCAGCCCGCUGACGGCGUGCUGCGGCGCCGGCGGGCCGCCAUACAACUACCAGCCCGGGGCGGCGUGCGGGACCAGCAAGGCGAAGGCUUGCCCGGAGACGGACGGCGAUAGGUACAUCAGCUGGGACGGGGUGCACUAUACGGAGGCGGCGAACCGGAUCGUUGCCGAUAAGAUACUGUCCUCAGAGCACAACACCCCUCGGCUUCCUCUGCAGCAGCUCUGCAACCAGAAUACAUAGCUGACAGCGAAGUCUGAAACAAAUUCUCAUACACAACUGAUGAUUUUUACUACUGUGGCAGCUCAGAACAUGCAUCGCAUUGCCAAGUGAGGAGCAGACCUUCAGUAAACCAGAAUGAGACAUGUAAAAGCUUAUUGUUCUCUCCACCCUUCCCUUACCCCCAAAGAUGAGUUGCAUGGAGCAAUGCGUUUGCAGCAACCAACUAA